UUAGAGCAACGUGUGAAGUGUUGUAAAAGAGGUACCCUUUUAAGAGUGUCUUCUGUUGCUAUAGGCUGCUACUGUGGACACUUUGAGUAGUCUUGAAAUGUCAGAGUUAUUGCAGCAUUCUUUGAGAAAAUUCACUUGCACUCCAAACAAAGCACCAACAAGAAGAGGAAUUGCUGCAAGAGAAUAUAAGCAUUUGAGACCUUGUCGGUGUGUGACUACGCAGGAGGAUAACUGGCGCGUUGUGGUCAGUAAUGGGAAGGAUUCGUUGGAUAUAUGCCGGGUUGUGAAUGGAAUGUGGCAAACUAGUGGUGGAUGGGGCAGAAUUGAUAGGGAUGAGGCUGUUAGUGCUAUGCUUAAAUACACUGAUGCUGGACUCACCACUUUUGAUAUGGCUGAUAUAUAUGGGCCAGCUGAAGAUUUAUAUGGGAUUUUCAUCAAUCGAGUUCGUCGUGAGCGUCCACCAGAAUUCUUGGAAAAGGUCAGAGGUCUCACUAAGUGGGUGCCACCGCCAGUUAAGAUGACAAGUAGCUUCGUAAGAGACAAUAUUAAUGUGUCAAGGAAGAGAAUGGAUGUGGAUUCCUUGGACAUGCUUCAGUUCCACUGGUGGGAUUAUUCAAAUUCAGGAUACCUUGAUGCACUGAAACACCUUGCUGACUUGAAAGGAGAAGGUAAAAUCAAGACUUUGGCUCUAACAAAUUUUGAUACUGAGAGAUUACAAAUUAUUCUUGAAAAUGAGAUUCCCAUUGUGAGCAAUCAGGUACAACAUUCACUUGUUGAUAUGCGUCCACAACAGAGAAUGGCAGAGCUUUGUCAGCUUACAGGAGUCAAACUUAUAACGUAUGGGACAGUGAUGGGCGGUCUUUUGUCUGAGAAGUUCCUUGAUGCCAACAUCAACAUUCCUUUUGCUGGACCAGCAAUAAACACUCCCUCCCUCCAAAAAUACAAAAGGAUGGUGGAUGCUUGGGGAGGUUGGAGUUUGUUCCAAGUACUUCUUCGAACUCUUAAACAAGUAGCUUCUAAACAUGGUGUUUCCAUUGCAACAGUUGCUGUGAAGUAUAUACUAGACCAGCCUGCUGUAGCAGGAUCAAUGGUUGGUGUUAGACUUGGAUUGUCAGAACAUAUUAAAGACUCAAAUGCUAUCUUUUCACUUGUUCUUGAUGAAGACGAUGUGAGCAGCAUAAGAGAAGCAUCUGGGAAAGGAAAGGAUCUUCUUAAAGUGAUUGGUGAUUGUGGAGAUGAGUAUAGGCGUGCAUGAGUAAUACUAAUUGCUAUAUCAACUUGUUGAUUGUUUACAUGUAUACAAGACAGGACAAGUGAUGACGAAAUGAAAAUAGGAAUUAAAAGAAGAGAAAUUAUUCACUCCUAAUUUUGUCUCAGUAGAAGGACUACUUGUAUGUAAUACUAUCAUAUGUUACUCUGUCAGAGUCAAAAAACAAAAGAAAGGAAAAGAGAAAUUACUCAUGCUA